AUGCUUUUCUUCAAAAUCAUCAUUGCUGCUGUUCUAGCAGCCACGAUCUCUGCCAGCCCCGUCCAAGUUGACCAAACUGUCACUGGUGAAGUCCUACAACGACGAUCUGUAGAGGACGAGGUUACUCCCAUCAUCAAAAAGAGAUCGUCAAGCCUCGAAAUUCGUUUCCGUAAAGGCAAUGGGAUACUCUGCCCCAUAUGUCGCUGUUGUUGA